AUGUCCACCAAAGCCGCUAAGCCCGAUGUCAUGGCUAGCCAUUUAGAAUCCUUUUAUGCUAUGUUCCUGGAUUGGUCACAAGCCUUUGACUCAGUCUCCCACUCAGCGUUGCGCAACGCGCUGCAGCGAGUAGGGGAGGACAACGUGCUACACCACCUCUACAAAGUGGCGGCGCACUUCAAAGCCAAGCAGGAGCAGGACGCCACAUGGCAACUGGGACAGAAUCCUCUUCGCAUGGUCUUGGCCAUAGCACUCUUCAAGGAAGUCACGGACCGCCUGAACCAGACCAUUGCUUCGCAGGAAAAGCUGAAGAGAGCGGUGGAUCAAGGAUGGCGAGAUCCACAAGCGGGCUGGAGAUACCAAGUUUGGAACCACAAAACCAAACAACUCCAGGUCGAUACCAGUCGACCACCGAUUCCGGAAGACAAACUUCUCGACCACUUCGCCACCAUCCUUCAAUGCCUUCGUCAGCCCAUCGUCAACCGCUUUCGAUGCACGAGAAGAUUAACAGAAACAAUGUCCAGCCCAGCAACCUUCAAACUAGACAUGUCAGUUCGAAGCCACAGUGCUCUGACGAUGUGGGACACUCUGAAGAUGUUGCAAGGGAAUGCGGUUUUCCAACUUGCUGGAAUGGCCUACAAGACGGAAAGCCUGGCCAGAGGGCCAGUGGAGCAGAAGAUCGCGGAGAUGGUGUAUGGCAGGAGGUCCUGGCAUGGCUUAUGGAGCAACUUCGACUACCGCAAACACUCCUUUGUGGUACAGGUGUUGACAGAUGAUCCUCGGUGGCUAACGCUGAUCGAUGAUUGGGGUGAGGCAAGGUCGCCUACCAUGGCAGGGGAGACGCAGCUUGUGGAUACAGGGAUUCAAUCCUUGGUGGACACUUGGUGCAGGGGAAUUGACAGAAUACAUGGUCUGACAGUCGCGCCCCCGGUGAUUCUACUUCAGCUUCAUCGCUUCACCAAACAGCGUGAUCGUGUUCUCAAAAAUCACCUCAAGGUGCAGCUGGACCACGUGAUCCAAAUGCCUUUCUUUUCUGGGGACAGGCACAAUCUGUCGCAUCGUUCAUACAAGCUCAAAGCAUUCAUUGAACACCAUGGAGCCACACCCACUUCAGGACAUUAUACGGCCAACCUGGUCAACGAUGAGGGCUCAUGGAGCUGUGACGAUGGCAGAGCAGCCAAAGUGAAAACCAUGCGGGGUGAGCGACAUCCCACUAAAACUGGCUAUGCUCUUUUCUACAGUCUCGACGCUGCUCUUGCCACAUCUUCCGAUGAAGGACUCUCCUCGCUGCGAGUGAAGCUGAAGCUGAAACAGGAGAAGAAAGAGAAGGCGAAGGAGAAACCGCCGCCACCGCCGCGACGGACACCGACACCGUCACCAGCCAGGUCAGAGUCGCAGAAGAACCUCUCGGACUACGAGGGGGAACUCUCCAGGUCGCCGUCCAGACCAAAAAAGCGAAGGGCCGCACCGUCUGGGUCCCCGGAGCGGGUGCCGCCAACGCAGUUCGAAGACUACGAGCCAGCCGGCGAUGGCAGUGGCUGGUACGUCUACAAGAAGACAGCCAAGUGGAAGUUUCACCCGGAAACGGGUCUCUAUUUCCACUUGAAGACGCAGGUGUAUUACACGCCGAAGGAAAGUGACAAUCGCUUCUUCAGACGGAUCGACGACGACGACGAUCCCCUGGUAAAGAAGAUGAAACAGUCCGAAGAGAUGCGAAGAGCCAUCUCGAAGACGGAAUUUGUGAAGUUUGAGGUGGAGGGCGCUCAGGGUGAGGAUGGUUCUGCCCGCGCCGAAGAGCCAGCGCCUGCGCCGAAGGCGCCGGAGAAGGAGGAGGAUACGCGGAUGGAUGGCCGGGUCAACAAGUGGGACUCGGAGAAGGGCUUCGGCUUCAUCAUGCCUGCCGGGAAGGAGGAGGGCGGAGAAGUCGGUAAAGGCCUCUUCGUCCACCGAAAGUUCAUCGUGGGUAGCACUCCGACGAACCCAAUAAAUCUGAAGGAGGGUGUGAAGGUCAGCUUCAAGCAAGGCACGCAGGACGGCAAGCCCUGCGCGCUGGAGGUGCUGAUGUUAGGUGCAGACGGCAAGCCACUUCCUAUCCACGCCGGCGCGCAGACGCUGGAGGAGAAGAAGAAGAGCUAUCACGUCUCAGCUGAGUCGCUGGGCCUUCGGGUGCACUGCGAAAGCUGGCCCGGGCUCAAGAAGACCCUCCAGGACCGAUACGUCAUGGACGAACCGCUCGAGGAGCUCGGCGUCUACUUCGCUGUCCUCGACGGUCACGGUGGAACACAGGUGGCAGACAUGGUGAAGGAGAAGCUUCACAAGAAUGUCCUCCAGCAAAUGAGGCAAAAGCAGGUUCAACCUGCGUCUCGGGACGAGAAAAUCAAGCUGGCCAUUAAGGAGGCUUUCCUCCAAACCGACAAGGAGAUUUUGGCUCUAGCAGAGCGCAAGAAGUUUGAGCUUGUUGGCUCCACUUGCGUCUCAGUGAUACUGCACGGGAACCCGAAGCUGGGGACAGCCCUGCGUUUGGUAGUGUCAAAUCUUGGAGAUUCGCGGGCCGUGCUCUGCCGUGCAGGGCAGGCCGUGCCAGCCUCCGAGGAUCACCGACCAACUCGAAUCGAUGAGAAAAAACGCAUUGAGCGAGUUGGCGGUCUCGUUUUGCAGGUUCGUGGAGCUUGGCGCGUUGCCACCUCGACGAAUCCCAAUUCCAUGAACAAGGCUGCCAGAAGAGAAUACCAGGGCCUCGCCAUGACCCGAUCUUUCGGCGACCUGCAUUUCAAGCGGCCCAUCGGGCUGGCCAUUGCGGAACCGGAAGUUCGGAUCGUUCCUCUUUCGGACAAGGACCUGUUUAUAGUUCUUGCAACGGACGGCGUCUACGACGUCCUCAGCAACCAGGAAGUUAUCGACCUGGCCAUGAGGCACUGGCGAGAGCCCGAAGAAGCCGCAAAGAACAUUGUCCGAUCAGCCUACAAACGCGGGAGCGAGGACAACCUGACCGUCUUGGUGGUGCAAUUUGGUGGGACCAGCUGA